UACUGUAGUUUGGAGUCGUCAAGACUCAGAGCUGAAUAUAGCACCGUAUAUACAUCGCUCUGAAACAGUUUUAAUUUCCAUUCCAUUAUUUUAUGAUUUGUACAUUAGUGUAAAUAUACUGUUUCUAUUUUUGUAACGAGACAACAAGAUGGAACUUAAUUCUCUUUUAAUUCUGCUGGAGGCUGCAGAGUACUUGGAAAGAAGAGACAGAGAGGCAGAGCACGGUUAUGCAUCUGUAUUACCAUACAGCAGCGAGUUUUCCAGAAAGAAAACAAAAUCCUCGCCAAUUUCCAGAAAAACUCAGAACAAUAGAUCGUCACACAACGAGCUGGAGAAACACAGACGUGCCAAACUACGGCUGUACUUGGAGCAGUUGAAGAAGCUGGUGCCUUUGGGUCCAGACAGCACGAGACACACCACACUGAGCUUGCUGAAAAGGGCCAAGAUGCACAUUAAGAAGCUGGAGGAGCAGGACAGGAAGGCUUUAAACAUGAAGGAGCAGCUGCAGAGAGAGCACCGCUACCUCAAACGUCGCCUGGAGCAGCUCUCUGUGUCGGGAUCAGUGGAGCGCAUCCGUACCGACAGCAUGGGCUCCACUAUCUCCACCGACUCAGAACAAGAGGUGGACAUCGAGGGCAUGGAGUUCACCCCUGGCGAGGCAGACAGCGUGGAUAGCAUCAGCGACGGCGAGGAGGAAGACCACUACAGCCUCCAAAGCAGCAGCUCCAGCGACACCAGCUACUCAGCCACACAUUCCCACAGACUGCAGCCACACCACUGUUAGGCGCCGCCGACAUCCACCCCCAGGCCUGAUCCAGCUUCUUCAAACCCCUGUGCUUCUCCCAACCAGCGACCUACGUCAGACCACAAAAGGCAGUACACCCCGAACACGUUCUUCCUCCUUUUCUGGUUCGGUUCUCCAGGAAGCAUACGGGGCUGAAAUGCCACUCGAGCCUUCCUGACCCUAACCCCCCUUCCCCUCCUUCCUAAACCACUGACCCUACCUCACCCGACUGUAUCCUGCCUGAACCUGCCCCUUGACUCCUGACGCGCCCUGCCCUCCCACUGCCCUCACAACCCCUACCCAGUUUUGCUGCAGGCUCAGAGAAAGCAGAGCAGAGCAGAGUUUGUGGUUUUUAUUGGGGUAGACUGCAGCUUUGACUUGUUAAUCAGGAUUUUAGAGUGCGUUGAGGACAGGUCAAAACCAAAAUGUGAGCUUCAUGUCAGAAAUGAAAACACAGACCAAGCUCCACAGAAAGGUAUGGGUGAAAGAUGUUCUGUUCUGUAAAGCGUACAACAUCCAGACCUCGAAAACCAACAUUCAGUGUCUUCCCUUAACGAACAAUAAGACGGACAGAGUAGUUUUAUACCUGCGCAGCGGCACUGAAGUGGCAAACUGAAAAAGUAACAGAGCUCUAGUAGAGAAAAAUUAAUGUAUAUAGAUGUACAGUUACUGUCGAGAUCCUCAUGUCUCCCUCUGGUUGGGCUGCCUAACCACUAAUCCACACUACUGACCACUACACUAUACCACCAGAUGGUUGUGGAUGGACUACUAUGUCAAAUAAAAAGGAGUUGCCUCACAACUAAAACUCUAUUUCCUAAAGAUUAAUUAAAAUCUUUUGUUUCCUUCUCAGUAGCUCAUUGAUGUAGCAAUAAAUAGAGGAGGCAGGUGCUUCCUUUAAGUGUUGAAAUGGUGGACAAUGAGGUGUUAUGGGAGACUUUUUUUGUUUUUCUUUUGAGCGUUUUACCCUGUGGAUGGCAAGUGAGUGUUUAGUCAGAGUGGACCUGCAGAAAAGAAGGGUACAGUCGUCCUUUAGUUUUCACUUAAAGGAUCCUUCCCUUUUUACUCACAUCGCCAUCCUGUCAGAAUUCGCAUUUCUUUACAGUUCUGUUGCUUUUUCAAAAACCAAUGUGUGUGGAUUUGUCAAAAUUUGUUCAGAUUAGCAAGUCAAAGCUGAAGUUGAGGGGGGGAAAAAAAAGUGAAAAUUUAAAAAAAGAAAAAAAAAGCCAGCUCUAAUGAUUUGUUCUCUGUAGGUGCACUUAUUUUAGUUAACUUAGUCAAACUAAUGAUUUUCAGUUGUACUUUCAUUUCUGUAACAAGACUAAUUACCUGACUUUCUCUCUUGCCAAUAUUCCUGAAGCUUCUGGGCACUGCUGAAGACCAAUAUAGGUGAACGUCUUUGUUUUAACUUGUCUGUAAGGUUAUGCACAAUAGUCACUAUUGACGGAGGAGGCGCUUCUGUCGCUCUCUGACCAUUUAUAAAUUCUUAGGCCUCAGUCUCUGAAAGUCCUUAGAGCUUGGCAUCCCAAUACUAUGAAGAAAAAAGGGCCAGUCCACCACGGCAGGUCUGACCAAAUAAAAAAAUCCACAAAAGACUCAAAAGACAACAAAAAAAACAACAAACUUGCAUACGAAAGAAGCUACUUGUCACUUAAAGUGAUAUUAGCCAGUGUAGUCUAUAUUUCUUGUAUUAAAUUUUGUAUUAUAUUUUCCUAAAUGUUCUCUUGUAAUGAAAAGACAAAAAAGAGUGAGUAUAUCUAUAUCUAUCUAUAUAUAAAUAUAUAUAUAAAUAUAUGAGCGACAGACAGGAGGCCAGGCUUGUUAAAGGGAGAGUGGGGGCAGGGGAGCUGAUACACUGGCCCCUCUCCCUGGGUGACUCUCCUGCUGUCAUUCUGUGCCUUGGUGAGCCUUCGACCUCCUUGAUCCCACCCCACCCCCCUCAUCCUCCGCCUCCCCCCACCUCCCUCGGUCCCUACUCAGGUCGUCACCCCUGCAACACACUCCUCUCUCCUCCGUCUUCUUCUUCGUCGUCUCUGGUGGGGCUGAAAGCUUUGAUUUCACCCCUUUACCAUGCCAAAACACUUCCAAAAGCAAAGGGGCAUGUGAAGAGGAGACCUCAUUAAAGAAAAGAAAAAAAACAAAUCCAAGCCCCUACCCUGUCCAGGCACUCCCCACCUCUCUUUUGACGCCCACCUGUCUGCCAGUGCAGCAUCUGUCUCAGAAAAAUUAAAAAAAAAAAAAAACACACUGGUGAAACUCCCAUGGCAGCUUCCAGUCACCCCAAACAGUCAGCAGUAACGGGGUUCAAAACGUCUGGGCUUGAAGCGUGUUUAUCUUUUUUUUUUUUUUUUUUGUCAUUUUACUUAUAUUGUAUGUUGACUAUGUGUUUGUUCAUUGGGAGUCACUGGGAGAGGAGCGAUAAAAGAAUAAUCCAAUCGAUGGCAGCUUAAGGUGUUAUCCUCCGUGCUCCCGGUGAGCUGUCCCAUAUAGUGUUACCCAUUGAUCAGGGGAGCUCUUAAGACACAGCAAUAUUACCAUCUUGUGCUUUCUGUGGGAGGGUGGGCGGGCAGGAUUUUUAGACAAGACAUGGUGGUUAUACUUUUUUUUUUUUUUUUGACUCUGUGGUGCAUUUUUGGUGACCAACUUCUUUAUUUUGUUUUGAUGAAUUUUACCUCCUAUCUGCACUCUCUCCAUGCACUGCAGGAGGGCAAAAAAAAAAAAAACAACUAGAGAUGAAUUUUCAAAAAAAAGCUGUUCUUUUUGUCAUUGAGAGUUUACAUUCAUGUCAAUGAUUUGUACAUGACUGUUGUAGCAAAAAUGUCUUUUUUUUUUUUUUCAGUUUUAAAUGAACAACUGAGUAAAACCAUAUUAAUGGCAUAAGAUAAUUCUCUUGCACAGAACCUCCCCGAGGAAAAACGACAGAUAAAGGACAGAUUGAAUGGAUGAUUCGAGGGCCAGAUAAGAGAUUAUAAUUUUUCAGUGGCAUCAUUGAAAAAUAUACAUAGCACAAAGUAAAAGUGAGGAUGAGUGGUUUGGACGUGGUAACAUUUUGUUUAAAUGCUGAUGGAUGGAUAGUUGUUAUGGGACUUUUUUAAAUGAUGUGCCUUGGAAAAAGUUAUUUUCUUGAAAAAGCAGAGAUUGUACCGAUGAUUAAGACUGUUACAUCAGUCACAGAUGCUCUUAUUUCUAAUCUGGAGUGGCUUCCUUCUUUAUUGCAAAAAAAAAAAAAAAAAAAAAAGGGUAAACAUUUAACCGAAGG